AUCUAAUCUGGAUAAGCUAGGGAAAAUAUUACGAUACGAUCUUCGAUCAAGACAACACACAAUAAUGACAUCCAUUCCUCGGCCACAACACGGAUCUCCUAUAGAACGGCGAAACAUACCGACGGUUGUUUCAACACCCAUUGAGCGACGCAAGAGCCACAAACCGGCAGCGAUGAAUCUGGAGAACGAAUGGCGUUUCUUCUUGGCAGCCGUGCUCAUGACAGCUUUGGUGCCCAUGAUGAUUCACAUGCGGAUCUCUUCCAACGACGUGUCGGCAAGUCCUACAUUUCUGUCUCCUCGACCGAGAAAACUGGAUAUUGGGAUGGGCACAGAAAAAGCUCAUCAAAAGCUACACCCGAGACGGAACCAACACAAAAACAAACAAAGCAGUCCUCGGGUUAUCCGGAACAAGGAUUCGCUUUCGCUUUUGAAACAAGAUUUGAUUCAAGCAGCCAAUGAUGCCGAGCAAGAGACGCUCAAUUUCUUUCAUGGGGAACGACGAUCCUUACAGGACGGUGUUCCAUUUGGAGGUGCCGACGAUGCGUCUACUCUUUUGGCAGAACGUUUGGCAAACAGAAUAUGGAAAUGCCACCACUUGAGAAAAUUAUCGCCUGACAGCAACAGUAAUCGUUCCACAAAAAAGGACUGUGUGCUGCGAGUUGUGUUUCUUGGCUCUGCACAAACCACCGGACGCGACAAUUUCUUCAAUGCAACAUUUCCAUUCCAAUCCAAAGCAAGACUGCGUUCCGUAGCUGAAGCGGCCGGAUUGGAUUUGCAAGUUUGGAAUCAUGCCAUGGAUAGCGACCUCCAUCGAGAAGGACCACAAUCCACCCACAUGUGUGUCUCCAAUUUCAUGGGCCCUGACCCGGUGGAUGUUGUGGUUUGGGAUCUCGAUGGCAUUCUACAAGCCAAUCCCAAGGCUCAAGUAGAAGCCUUUGUACGAUGGACGUUACUCUCGCAAGCCCAGCCUGCUUUGAUACUCUUCAACAAGGGGGGUCCACAUGGACGUUCCCGCCGUGGGAAACAGCGUGCCGUUGUAAAUCUAGGUCCUGGUCAUGAUGCAUUUGUGUACGAAGACGAUCCAAAUAAUGACAUGCCAGAACCGCGGCCUGACGAGGAUGUGUACCAGAAAUCCAAAGAAUUUCAACAACGAUGGCAAAAGGGAAGAAAUUCAUUUUGGGAGACCAUCUUCCAAAAGUAUGCGAAAUUUGUGGACUUUUCCACCGUGGAUCCCCAUGGAUCCAUUUGGCACUUGGAUCACUUGUUGGAGUUUUCCAAUCAAGCCUUUGAUGCUGGAAAGGUGCUGCCAUUGGUCGACUGUGGACCGGCUCAUGAUCCGCCUUGCAAUCAAAUCCCGGAUUUCGUUCAGAGACAUUUGGCCCGAGCCAACUUGACCGAAGCCAACAUUCCUAGAAAUGAUGCGGGGGGUGCAGUCUGUUCGUCCAUGUUGGGAUGUCGACAUGUGUGGUACGGUGGCAAGCGGUCUCACGAACUGCGAGGUGAGCUCAAUGCUCUGCCGAUUCUUCGUGCUCUCAGACAGGCGGCAAACAAGUUACAGCCUGAAAUGGAUAGUGCUACUAGAGACAACGACAACACGGCAAAGUCUAUACCGCUCCCACCCCCGGAGUAUUGUUCAAAAAAGUUCUGCAGCUUGAAACCAAAUUGCAUCACAAGUUACAUUCCGAAUCUUGGCCCAGACUUGGCAUCGGCCAUUCUUUCCAAUGAAACCUCGCCAGCAUCAAUGCCUCAAAAAGGUGCAUCCCACUUUUUGAACGACCCACAGAAGCAAAUCUCCAACCUAGACGUUCGAUUUGGUCCUUUGGGCUACCGAGAUAGAAAGUUUGGGUAUCACUUGAAACAGGCAAAAAAGAAAAAUAGGAAAGAUACAAGCGAGCCAGAAGGCGCCUCCACAACCGGAAUUGGCUUUACUUCGUCUGGGCCGGGACCUCUGGUACUCUGCGAACCUCCGUGUUUCAUCGAUUCUUGCUCGAAACGCCGCAGAAUGCCCUUGCUAGAGUACGUCACCUUAGAAUUAGAUGGAACCAAGCUGGACACGGCAAAAAAACUCCCGUGGGCUGUCGAGGUGGGUGGGCCAUUCUGCAAAGUUAUUGCAGCUUCUGUGGCGAAAGGGAGUCAUAUUCUCCGUAUUUCUACAGCAGUGGAAGAUCCUGAUCAUGUCAUGUUCUCGCAUCUAAUCCCCUUUUCAUGAAACUUGACUCGCGAUAAAAGACAGAGCAGUCUGGCUUGUUUGGGUCGGACUGAUGCUUUGAGAGAGCAUUGUAUAGUAUUGCGAGGUGUCACGAAUGCCUUUAGGCCCACCAAUCCCGCUCAUUGUCAGUAAAGCGACAGGGAAUCUACAUCAGAUUUUAGCCAGGUUUGAGCAUCAGACGAAAGGAUGCGGUGUGGGCUCUUCAUGAGUUCGCCCAUAAUCAUUGAAUCGUCAGGUAAUAGCCAAGUGCGGCGGGAAUAUCAACACCUUCUGGUACUAGGGUUGUUUGGUAGUGUCUUUGGCCCAACCAAUUUGUCAAUAUCCAAUGACACAAGCCAGCAUUUUCCACAUGCAGCCAUUUUAGUGAGCCCUUUUGAUUGAGGUUCAUCCAAAACAUGCUUUCGGUAUCAACCGCACCUACCGGCAAUUUAGCUAGAAGCCAUCGGUCUACUAGCUGGCUAGCUCUGUUGAGAUGUACCGACAUAGCUAGUACCGGUAGUGGCUUGCUAGCUAGGCUAGCUAGGCUAGCUGUCAGUACCGGUGCGUACUUUUGCACUGUUGCUAAUAAUACUGGCUAGUGGUAGCUAGACUAGACUAGUCUAAGCAUACUGGUACGGAUUGGAUUAGUGGCAGCAUUUUUGGGUACAGGUUUCUCCUGCGAGCAAAGCAGGCUCUGGCAUCCCACUAAGUACAAACGAGUGUUAAUCACCGAAACUUGACCUGCUUGCAAGAUGGAAGAGAGAGCGACGGUCGCUGUAAAUGAAGGUCGAAUUUGGUGAAGAGCCGCUCUGCGCAGGGUACAGUCGAUGUGAUAGUCACUAUCCAUUCUUGCUCAGACUUCAUUUUGUUUUGGUACUUAGCCACAAGCUGAAGAGUUGCAGCAGCCUUCUC